AUGGUAUCGCAGUCCCGAAAGCGUUCCAACCCAGACGAGGAACAGUCUGAGCGGCGGAAGCGCCCUCGUGUACAACAUAACAAGUCGUCUACAUCAGACCACUCAUCCACGGAGACUCCAUUUCCAUCACGUGGAGCAAAGCGAAAGUCCACUGACUUGAAAGAUGGUAAGACGAAAGACGCAAAACAAGCAAUUGAUGCCCACGCAGUCUACAACGCCGAUAAGGCGGAGAUAGACGAAUGGUACGAUUUACAGUACUCGCGGAGACUAGGCAUACCGGACGACCAGAAGCGUAUGCAUAGCAAAGAUAAGUGGUUUGUGAAGGUUGAUGCGUGGAUGGAGCACAAAGGUAUAGUGCAAUCCCCAAAGAAGCGCAAACUGGAUAACAAAAAGCCAAUGAUCGAUGAAGAGGAGGUUGACCGUCGCAAGCGACCUGAUCGCACAAAGUAUCCAGAGGACACCGUGCCAGUCCCAGAAUACCCGUUCGACAAGUUGGCCGAUUUUGUGCCAAUGGCAAACGGACGCUAUGUGUGCUACCACUCUAACCGCAACCCGCCGCUUGACUGCUGCCUCAAUGGCCUGACAAGAAGCGCAAAAAAGCACUCCAUCCGUAAAGGUCUGGAUAUCUGGAAAGCACGAGUCGAGAAACUCAUCGAUCAGGGCAAACUGAACUACAAGCACAAGACCUGGGAAAAUUGGGCUGUGCAAAAAUUACGGGAGAAGUACCAACCAGAACUGUACCGAGAUUUAAAGGCGAAGAAAGCCGAGAAACUGGAGCAGGAAAGGGAAGGACAACGAAAGUUCCUUCAGGCGAAAGCCGACGCAGAGGCCAAUAUUGCAGCGCAGGAAGCAGCUCGGCGCGUGCAGAAGCCCUCUAAGCAACAGCAACGCCCUCCGCCUUCUCCGACAACCCAGGUUCAAAAAGAACCCAGUGUUGGGCAUGUAUCACGUCCCAUCGCACCGAUACGGGUUCGAAGCCCAGCUCAAGCCUCGCGAGCUAAACAAGAGCCACAGCCCACGCGCGUCGCGACGCCAGAACCACCCUCACCAGACCAUAAUCUCGAAAUCCAGGCUCCAACACCCCAUCAGAACACUACCACAUCUGAACUGCCGUCUCGUGAGCAAGACAAUCAACCGUCUGAUGGAGACUCCCUUGACAGCCUUUUUGGAGACACGGAUACGGGGGUUUGCAACAGCCCUGCCGAAAACACGGACACUGCUCAACAGGUAGACAUCCCGGAAGAGACACGUCCUGAUAGCUUUCUUGAGGAAACAGAAACCAUCGAAGGAGCGCGUGUCGGUGAGCAAUCUACCCCAAACGUACCUUCCGAGAUCUGGGACCAUGAGCGCGUAGAUAGUGGGUUGGAGCGCCUGCUGUCUACAUUCCCUCUACAAUCGUCAGGGUCAGCACCACCAACACAAAGUUCGGCACCCCAAAGUCCGGCACCCCAAAGUCCGGUACCUCAUAGUCCAGCUUCCCAAGGGUCACUAUCGCUACGCUCUGAGAAUUUCUACUUAGCCUCGCUGUCUGAGACAUUCGCUACGGAUAAUUCAGCUGUCAACGGUGAGAUGCAAAAUAUUCUGGAGCAGGUCUACCAGCCUAGUGUGUCUGCAUGGCAGCACUCUCCGGAGGAUGAAGCGCUUCUGCAACAGACGAUCGAAGGGUCACAAGCAGACUGGCAGCGAUACUGUGACUUCUUUGCGAAUGAAGUCGACGAAGAGGAGCAGACCUAG